GGGCCAUAACCGACCGACUGAGCCACCCAGGUGCCCCUGUUUGUUGCAUCUUUUAUGGGAAGCGAAGAUUAUCUAUUUCAUUUCUUGGUCCUCAUCCCUAAUCUUUUUCCAGUUUUGGAAAUGGCACAUCUGUGGUGCCUGAGUACUUUUGUGAAAUUACUCCUUUUACAAGGGAGAAAUUUAUAGUACUAGUGUAUGGCAUAAAAAGGGGGAACUUUCUUGUGUGACUAGAUUGAUCGAAAGAGUAGUUCGGGCAGUAAAGGCGGAAGAGCAGUGGGGACAUGUUUUAAAUUGUAUUGACAGUGAAACUGUCAUUAAUGUUUUUGUGGUUUGUUACUCUGUACGGUGUGUUUCACUAAUGAGCAGUGAAGGCUUUAGGACUAAGGGCACAUUUGGUUUGGGUCUUUGAUGAUCCAUAACAAACCUUAAGUUUUACUUAGUUGGAACAAUCAUAUUAGGUGGCUGUUGGUCUUGUUGAUGUUUCAAGAACAGACGUACUCAGAUAAAGUCAUUUAAGAUUUCAAUCUUCAUGUUGCAACCGAGGACCUUUUGGAGGUGUUUGCUCUUUAGUAUGCAUUACUAGCCUUGUGACCUUGAAUACAUUUUAUGUCUCCUCUGAGUCUUAUUCCUUCUGUGGGUCUAAUGUGAGGAUAAUAAAUCCACCUGACAGUUGUUGUGAAUAUAUAUUUUGUUUAAAGUACAAUCCAAACUCUCCGUCUUGGGCUACAAGAUUUCCGCCUAGUUCUUCAGCUCAUCUUGAACCCCCUUCGUGUCUCACCAAAUAGUUAUACUCUGUCCUUGAUAUUCCCUAACGUUGCAGGCUGCUUGUGGCUUCCUCAUCUUACAUGGUAGUUCUGUUUGCCUAGCAUGUUCCUCCUGUGGUUGGUUCAUUCUCAGACCUUAACGCCAGGUUCACCGCAUCAGGGAAGUCUUUACUGUUCCUUACAGCUCCUUCAGUAGUCCUGUCUAAUCAGGUCUUAUCAGUUUGUAUGUUUUCUCAUAACGUUUAUUUCAGUCUGUAACUAUUUUGUUUAUUUGUUUUGGUCUUUCUCCACAUGUAAGUCCCACAUGGGCCAGCCGUGGCCUGUGGUUCUUCUGUCUCUCCCUAACACAACCCGUGGGGACAUGGACAAAAAGUGAUUAUAGUUUUUAUGUUGGUAUCUACACAUCAAAGGCAAGGAUGUGCUGUAGAUCAUAGAAAUCUGGUGUUUUUUUUUUUUUUUUGUGUUGCUUAUUUAUCCCCAUCUGAGCUGAUCUUAGCUAAAUGAAUCACAGCACUAAUAAUGCCAAAGUUUUUAUAACUACGUGGCCCAAGUAGCCUCACACCAUGAGAACUGCUUUUUUUUUUUUUUUUUUUUAAAGUAAGCUCUAUGCCCAACGUGGCAAGCAGCUCAGUAGCUUUUCCUAAGACUCACCAACCCCAAGAUCAAGAGUUGCAUGCUGUACCGACUGAGCCUGCCAGGGCAUCACACUUGGAGACUAUGUUUGGGGAGCGGUGGCUGUGCCGUUGUCCUUGGGAGCAGACUGUUGAGUAGUAGAGAAGAAAGAAGGAAGAAAAGACGGAAUAUCUCUGAAGGCCUGGGAGACAAACCGUUAUCCUGAAGACGUCACUAUGCCAUCCUGAAAUUUUCCCGCAGAAAAUGGCUCCAAAGGGUAUAUGAAGCUGGAAAAGUACAUAGAUGCAGCAUUGCAGCCUCUCCAGAUGUUUGAGGAUAAUAUUCCGGAGAGAAAUUGAUCCCCUCGGAUUAGGUAACUAGUCAUAAUGAAGAAAAUUAGUCUUAAAACCUUCCGAAAAUCUUUCAACUUGAAUAAAAGUAAAGAAGAAACGGAUUUCAUGGUAGUGCAGCAACCGUCACUGGCCAGUGAUUUCGGAAAAGAUGACUCCUUGUUUGGUAGCUGCUACGGUAAAGACAUGGCCAGCUGCGAUCUCCACAGCGAAGAUGAAAAGGGUGGGAAGAGUCGAUCGAAGAGCGAAAGCCUGAUGGGUACGUUAAAACGACGGCUGUCUGCGAAACAGAAGCAGAAAGGCAAGGGCAGCGCGCCCUCCGGGAGCUCGGCUGACGAGGACACCUUCUCCUCCUCCUCGGCACCCCUGGUCUUCAAAGACGUGAGAGCCCAGAGGCCCAUCAGGUCCACUUCGCUCCGCAACCAUCACUACAGCCCUACGCCGUGGCCUCUGCGACCCACGAACUCGGAGGAGACGUGCAUCAAGAUGGAGGUGAGGGUCAAAGCCUUGGUUCACUCUUCCAGCCCGAGCCCAGCCCUGAACGGGGUUCGGAAGGAUUUUCACGACCUCCAGUCUGAGACUGCGUGCCAGGAGCAGAGUAGUUCACUCAAGAGUUCAGAGUCUCACAAUGGAGACUUGCAUCUUCACCUUGAUGAACAUGUGCCUGUAGUUAUCGGACUUAUGCCUCAGGACUACAUUCAGUAUACUGUGCCUUUAGACGAGGGGAUGUACCCUCUGGAAGGGUCGCGUAGCUAUUGUCUGGACGGCUCUUCUCCCAUGGAAGUCUCUGCGGUCCCUCCGCAAGUGGGAGGGAGCUCCUUCGCCGAAGACGAGAAUCAGGUAGACCAGGACCUAGUGGUGGCCCCGGAGAUCUUUGUGGAUCAGGCGGUGAACGGCUUGUUGAUCGGCACCACGGGAGUCAUGUUGCAGAGCCCGAGAGCGAGUCACGACGAUGCCCCCCCACUCUCACCGUUGCUACCUCCAAUGCAGACCAGUCAGAUCCAAAGGAACUUCGGUGGGCUCACCGGCACAGAUGCCCACGUGGCGGAAAGUAUGCGCUGUCAUUUGAAUUUUGAUCCUAACUCUGCCCCUGGGGUUGCAAGAGUUUACGACUCGGUGCAGAGUAGCGGUCCCAUGGUUGUGACGAGCCUUACAGAGGAGCUGAAAAAACUGGCGAAACAAGGAUGGUACUGGGGACCAAUCACACGCUGGGAGGCAGAAGGGAAGCUAGCAAAUGUGCCAGAUGGUUCUUUUCUCGUUCGGGAUAGUUCUGAUGACCGUUACCUUUUAAGCUUGAGCUUUCGCUCCCAUGGCAAAACACUUCACACGAGAAUUGAACACUCAAACGGUAGAUUUAGCUUUUAUGAACAACCGGAUGUGGAAGGACAUACGUCUAUAGUUGAUCUGAUCGAGCAUUCAAUCAGGGACUCUGAAAAUGGAGCUUUUUGUUAUUCAAGGUCUCGGUUGCCUGGAUCUGCAACUUACCCGGUCAGACUGACCAAUCCAGUGUCACGGUUCAUGCAGGUGCGUUCUUUGCAGUACCUGUGUCGUUUUGUUAUACGUCAGUAUACCAGAAUAGACUUAAUUCAGAAACUGCCUUUGCCAAACAAAAUGAAGGAUUACUUACAGGAGAAGCACUACUGAAAGAUUAUGAGAACCCCCGCAUCUUGCACUUUGGGAAUAAGAAAAAGAGAUUGAAAUACAGUUUACAAACUUUCAUUGCUAUCGAAAUCUUUUGCUGCCAUACUAUUUCAGUUUUAUGUGUAAAAGUAAUCAAUUUGUUUAGUUAGGGGUGGGGAAGUGUCAGCAAGGUGUCUUGGGUUUAUUUUGGUUCUUUAUAAAGGGAAGUCUCGAGGUUUUGGAAGUGUGAAUUAUCUUUCAUCAAUGUGCAGAAUAAUCACAAUGUGAAUUAUCAGAUUCUCCUUAACCACCCCCCCCAAGUCCUUUGCUGCUAUCCACUGUGAUUUUUAUGCAUUAAAAGCACAUUUCAUGUGUAUUCAACCCUAAGUAAAGUUGAAUGAAACUUACAGAAUGAGUAUUGUUAUGUCUCUUUAAAUGGCCCAUUUUCAAAGAUAGUGUUGCAUAAACAUACCCGUGUGAUAAAACACAGAAUUUACACGUACACUGAAAAUGAUUUUUAAUCUCCUACUUUAGAAAGAUUUAUUUAGAAUUAUGAUUUGACAUAAUCUUGGGUAUUAGAAUGUAGACCCGCAGCAUAUCUUUUACAACACUUACUCUAAAUUGUUUCUGAGGUUGUGCUGUGUUUUGGUUGUGGAAAGUGGAGUUUUUCUGUUGCCUUCAUUUUCAUCUUGUGGUUUGUCUACUUUAAUAAAUGGCCUUACAUUAAAAAAUCAUCAAGAAGUAUAUAACACCAACGUAAGAAAGUGUUGCCUUUUCUGUCAUUAAGCUCUGGUACAAAUUGGCAUAACGUAAAAAGAUCUGUGGGACUAGAACUAUUACUGAAGAAAUUACUAGAUGAUCAUAGUUUCCUGUGAUGAUAAUUUUUUUGUGUGUUAAUUGUACUUUCCUUUGGUAAAGUGUUUUUUCUGUGAUUUCUUUCGCUUAGCCAACAUUUUCUUUGGGUGAACUUGACGUAGAACCGAUUUUCAUAAAAAGAGUGGGUUCUGUUGCAACAUUUAAGUUUAUAUAAAGUUUUAAAUUGAUUUGAAUAGAAGACAUUGUUUUAGAGUUGGAUUUUUAUUCUUUUAUGUAGUCACUAUUAAGAUAUGCUAGGUUUGACCCUUCUUCCUUCUCCCCACCAAAAACCAAAAAAACCCGAUGACUUUAGUUGAAAAACUGGAAACUGUGGAGCAUCAUGUAAGAAGAAUGUUAAAACCAUAUCAGGUAUAUGGAAGUCUUGUCACCUGCCAUAUACCGCUGUUUAAAACUAAUUUAUUGUUUUUUGGUUUUUUGUUGUUUUAAAUCUAGCUGAGUCUUAAGUAAAUUGGCAGGCAUCGUUAGUUAUUUUAUCUCUAAUUUAGUCGCUUGGAUUGUGGGGCGGGAGGGGGGGUUGUCCCCAGUACUUUUGUUAUUUUUGAAAUUCAGUGUUUAUUCGCUGCACUAUUCUUCAGUGAGUAUUUUGGAAGUACCCCAUGUAGAAAAUGUUUCCAUCUCAGAUGAAACAUACCAUUUAAGACAUUUCUUCCUUUGUCACUCAGUUUUCCUGUCUCUUACCCGUCAAUUAAAAACAAGAGUAAAGGUCUUAGGUCAACCCUAAUGGCUUUGUCAUUCAGUAUCCCUGUUUUUUUGUUUGUUUUUUGUUUUUUGUUUUUUCCUCUCUGUUUUUUAGGGUCAGAACUGAGAAAUACCAAGAAAAGGCACAAUGAUAUCGUGUUAUGGUAUUUUGCCAUAAAGGGGAAAAGGUACUUAAUUUUGGUGGAAUGUUGAUUGUACCUUGUCAUAAAGGCUCCUCUUUAAUUUUCUGAUGUUUUCACCUAAUAAGAUGGAGUAUACUGUAAUAAUAUAAUUUAAGUGUUCACUAUAAGCUAUUUGGAUUAAGAACUAUUACAGAGUUGUAAACUUAUCAAAUUAAUGCAAGACAUUUAAACUAUUUUUUUGCAAAACUAUUUAUUUUUAAACAAUUUAAAAUAUAUCUAGGGUGAGUUAAAAGUCCCUGUGCAUCUAUAUUAGAUGGCAGGUAUUGUCACAGAGUCACUGUGUAUUAAUAAUAAAUGUUGAAAUGGCUUCUCCAUGUUUCUAGAAGCAUUUACAUGUACUCUUUGUGAGACCAUGGUGCACAGAGGUCUUUGGACUGCCCUGAACCCCGUCUUCUUGUGUGGACAUAGCCUGUUCCCCACGUGUUCCUCAUGAUACCAUGUGUUCAAGAUUUAGCUAUUUAGUUUCAAGAUUAUUUUGAUUUUCAUCUAAUGGUUUUUAAAAUCAUAUUUUGUGUUUUAUGGAGGGCAAGUCUAGAUGCCGUUCUAAUUCAGAAAGCCAGUUUUUUAUGUGCUUUUUGUAUAUUCAUAACAUAAAAUACUUUAAAAUGCCCCAUUCUAAUCCAGUUUGAAAUUGCUAGGGUCUGACAGUGUAUCGAGAAAAAUAAAAGUAUUUGCCAAGAAAUUAUUUACAAACAAAGGAGUAUUGCAGUAUUUUCUGCUUUUGUGUAGAGAGAGCCAUUUGGCAUAGGCAGCACAAGAUAAUGUGAAAGAUCGGCUUUAUAGGAUACUAAAAUAGUCUGCUUAAAAAUGGAAGGGAGAAAAGAGAGAAAUCUCCAUCCUGUAGUUUGGUCUAGAAACCAUUUGCGUAAACUUCUGGAUUACCCUGAGUGGCAGCUUAGAUGACAUGGACACAACCUGUAAGUGACAUUUAAAGAUAGGAGCUCAAGGCAAGAAAGAGAAAACAGGAAAGCUGUAUCCUUUUGCCAUAGUAAAUGAAUCAGAGUUGUUUUCUUGAAGAUUUCACCACAAAAUACAACGGAGGCCAGAAGAUAAUUCUAGGCUUCCUAGGACACUUUUGUGCAUUUUUAUAAAUAAUAAGAAAGCAUAGAAAGUACUUGAAAAGUAUCUCCCUCUUUCUCUUUCUAAGGAAAUCUUCUCUUUCUACUUGGUGCAAUAAUCUGAAAAUCUAGAAGGUCAAAAAUAUAUCACAGGAAAUGAUCAUAGAACUAAAAAUAGUUUUUAAGGAAGCGAGUUACAAGGGCAACCAUCUUGCUGUUGAAGAAAAUUGUGUGCCAGAAGGCUAAAUCGUCGGCGUAUUAGGAAAUAAACACAAAGUAUACCUUACAAUUUCUGAGCCAGUAUUACUGAAACAGGAUAAAAAUUACAAAAAUCUUAAAUAGGUUCUAUGCAGUGUCCCUGCUAGUGCUGGGUCUAAAUAUCUUAAUGCUUUCAGAAACGCCAAUUUUAAUCGUGGAUAUUUCACAUUAUAUACGAGAGAUAAUCUGCAUGAGUGAUUCAAAAUAGUAUAUAUUAAAUCUUAAUGGCUGUUCAUCGAAUGGGAAGUCUUAAUUUGAAAAUGAAAUCACACUACCAGCAAGACAGUUUUGUUGAAAACUCUAAUAAGGAACAGUUGCCAGUUCCAUAAAUAACUUUAAAAUUCCAAAAUAAAGUAUUGGUACGUUAGUAAUCACAAAUUUGAUUUCUUUUAAUACUUUUAAAAAUCCUAUUAGGAAGGGUUUUUUUUUUAAUAAACGUUCUUUUUAUUAAUUAGUCAUAACAUCGUGAAUGUGUAGUUGCUGUUUCUGAAAAGUGAUCCAAACUCUACAUCCAGAGAUGAUGAAAAAUUCUUAUAGAAUUUUGUAAUAAGUAUACAUGUUGGGUUUAAAUACAUUUUAUAGUCGUUGGGAGUGCCAUGAAAUUAAUACUUGCAAUCCAGAUUGCUGUAGUUUACCCUUUUUCUGUCUGUUUCAAAUCAGGUGUGUACCAUUUGUACUGAGAACACCACAGAAUGAAUUAUCCAAAGUCCAUUGAUUUUAAUAUGUGUUUUGGUUUGUAAACAAAUUAUAGUAAUUUCUUGCACAUUUUUGGAAAUUAAUUGUAUAAGGAUUUAUGUAUCUGCUUCUAGAUACAGUGUGUAAAUAAAAAUUUCGUUCACAAGA